AUGGGCUUCUUAUCCGCCCGCAAAGGGCGCUCUCCGCAGUCCUACGAAUUUGUCCCGACGUCCCCUCCCUCCGACGGCCAAGACGAACUGCAGCGCGAUAAACCAGACAAUCAUGCUUCUAUCGAGGAAUUACAGGCAGGCAUCUCAAUAGAUGAAUAUCAAUGUUCGGGCCAGGCCCGAUCUCGACUCACAUGGAGCCAACGACUGGCUGGGAUUUUUUCGCUCUCCUCGUCAAACGAGGAGAAGAUUGAAGAUGCUCUACCUCUGCUCUCACCGGCCACUAAACGCUCGAAACGCUCAUAUACGUCGCUCUGCGGCAUUGUGCUCUCAUUUUUCCCCGACGAAUUCGACAAAGCCGCUGGCCAUUGGCGGCACGUUCCGGACGACGACGUUUACACAGACGUCACACAUUGGCCCACCGAUGUCUCGCGGGACAUCAUCCCUGUUGGGUGCCAUUCACACAAUGAUUACUGGCGACGGGUACCCCUGUACGCGGCGUUGCAGGCGGGUUGCAUUGGUGUCGAGGCCGAUGUGUGGCUUAUUGACAACGAGCUCUACGUCGGCCAUACCUCCACGUCCCUGACCGCGAAGCGCACCCUCAAGAACAUGUACAUCGAUCCACUGAUCAAGAUCAUUGAACGGCAGAAUCCAAUCACCCAGUUCCACCCAGCUCUCGAUCAACCCCUACAUGGCGUCUUCGACACCGACCCGUCUCAAACCCUCAUUCUCCUCAUUGAUUUUAAAACCGAUGGAGAAAAGACAUGGCAGAGUGUAAUGGAGAAUCUGUCGCCUCUGCGCGAGCGCGGUUAUCUCACCUACUUCAACGGCACGGGCCUGACCAACGGCCCAAUCACUGUUGUCGGAACCGGAAAUACCCCCUUCAAUAUGGUCACGUCGAACUCAACCUACCGCGACAUCUUCUUCGACGCGCCACUAAACCUCCUGGCUGAAGACGAGGCUAUGCCUCCUUCUGCAGAUGCUGAUGGCCCACAGGACUCGGCAGCCACCACCGAGCAACCUACCGGAAACGCCGGCCAAGGCCUGUCAGGUAUCUCGGCCGGCGACAUUGGACCCGACACCUUCAACUGGACCAACAGCUUCUAUGCCUCUGUCUCGUUCAAGAAGUCCAUCGGGUUCCCCUGGGGAUUCCACCUGACAAACAAGCAGAUGGAUCUCAUCCGGGCGCAGAUCCAGGGCGCUCAUCGUCGAGGACUCAAGGUGCGUUAUUGGGGGUUGCCUAGCUGGCCCCGGAGUCUGAGGAAUCACAUCUGGACCGUUCUGGCGCGUGAGGGCGUUGAUAUUCUGAACGUGGAUGACUUGCAGAGUGCCACGAAGCAAGAAUGGAAGGUCAAGAUUUUUGAUUGGUAG